CCUCUUCCCUUGCUUCUCUUCUCCUAGCCAUCCUUCAUCAGCACUAGAAUGGGUCUCCCUUCCGGUCUCCCAGGCCGGCUGUCUCUCUCCCCUUCUUAGCUGUCACCCCUGCACUUCUUUCUUUGUAUUCCUCGCGCCCUCUCCCGGCCUCACCGACAUCUCUCCUCCCCCGCCUGGCUCUGGCCUCCCCCUGCCUCCCCAUCUUCAGAUCAGUCUCCUCCCCCUAGCUCCUCUCCCCUCCCGUCUGCCUCACCCCACUCCCCGCCCGCAUGCUAGUGUUUCUUUCCACACUGGGGGUCUCGGUACCUCUCUUUCUCCUCCCCACCUGCCUCAUCCCUCACCCCGGGGUUAGCAAGAGCCCUUCCUCCUCUACCUGGACUUCCCCCCUCCACCCCCAUCAUCGCCACAGACUCUCCUCCCCACUUCUCCUCGCUCCUCUCUGCCCCUUUAAAUCUGCCUGGCCCAGCCUCCCCCGUGAUGCUGGGAUGGAGCAAACAUUGAUUUGUGCUGGGAUGGAAUCGGAAUUUUGAUUUUUUUUUCCUCUCCCAACCAAGGAAGAAAAAAAUAAUAAAAACACUCCCCUCUUGAUAGCCCCUUCCCCCCUUCCCAGCCAGCUCCCAGCUCCUCUUCCCUAUCUUCAGCCAAGGCAGAUUUUCCCCCUACACUAUUCUCAUCUCCCCCCACCCCUGCCGCCACUCACCCCCCACCCCACUAGCCUGCUCCUCCAGCUGGGAAGACAAGACAGGGGGCUCUCUCCGCUCCUCCGCCGUCCUUCUCUGGCUGGAGCAGCCUCUCCGGAAGGGGAGGGGGCUUGGCUGGUCCGGGUGAGGUGGGAGUGGAGGUAUCCAGCCAUGGAUGCUGUGCCGGGGAGGCAGCCUGAGCCCCAGCCCACAUGCCACUCAGGAUGAGGGUCCGGCCCUGUCUGCCCGCGCUGGGGCCCCUCCGCCCAGCCCCAGUCUAACUGCCCCCGCCUCCAGGCCGCGCCCGGCCCCCAAGCCCCCAGCCGGCUCUCCAGCCCCAGGAUGCGCUGAGCCGCCGGGGGGCUGAGGCCGCGCGAACUACAUGCAUGUCCCCCGGGGGCAAGUUCGACUUUGACGACGGGGGCUGCUACGUGGGGGGCUGGGAGGCGGGGCGGGCACAUGGCUACGGCGUGUGCACGGGGCCCGGCGCCCAGGGCGAGUACAGCGGCUGCUGGGCGCACGGCUUCGAGUCGCUGGGCGUCUUCACGGGGCCCGGCGGACACAGCUACCAAGGCCACUGGCAGCAGGGCAAGCGCGAAGGGCUGGGCGUGGAGCGCAAGAGCCGCUGGACGUACCGCGGCGAGUGGCUGGGCGGGCUGAAGGGGCGCAGCGGCGUGUGGGAGAGCGUGUCCGGCCUGCGCUACGCCGGGCUCUGGAAGGACGGCUUCCAGGAUGGCUACGGCACCGAGACCUACUCCGACGGAGGCACCUACCAGGGCCAGUGGCAGGCCGGGAAGCGCCAUGGUUAUGGGGUGCGCCAGAGUGUGCCCUACCAUCAGGCGGCGCUGCUGCGCUCACCUCGCCGCACCUCGCUGGACUCAGGCCACAGCGACCCCCCGACGCCACCUCCACCCCUGCCCCUCCCUGGAGACGAGGGAGGCAGCCCAGCCUCGGGCUCCCGGGGAGGCUUCGUGCUGGCUGGGCCCGGGGAUCCGGACGGGGCGUCCUCCCGGAAGCGCACCCCGGCCGCAGGUGGAUUCUUCCGCCGCUCUCUGCUGCUCAGUGGGCUCAGGGCUGGCGGGCGCCGCAGUUCCCUAGGCAGCAAGAGGGGAUCCUUGCGUAGCGAGGUGAGCAGCGAAGUGGGCAGCACAGGACCCCCAGGCUCCGAGGCCAGUGGGCCCCCAGUUCCUGUGCCACCCACCCUCAUCGAGGGCUCAGCCACUGAGGUAUACGCCGGUGAAUGGCGUGCCGAUCGGCGAAGUGGCUACGGAGUGAGCCAGCGCUCCAACGGGCUGCGCUACGAGGGCGAGUGGCUGGGCAACAGGCGGCAUGGCUACGGGCGCACCACCCGCCCCGACGGCUCGCGCGAGGAGGGCAAGUACAAGCGCAAUCGCCUGGUGCACGGAGGACGCGUCCGCAGCCUCCUGCCUCUGGCCCUUAGGCGGGGCAAAGUCAAGGAGAAAGUGGACAGGGCUGUGGAGGGUGCCCGUCGAGCCGUGAGUGCUGCCCGCCAGCGCCAGGAAAUUGCUGCUGCCAGGGCAGCAGAUGCUCUCCUAAAAGCAGUGGCAGCCAGCAGUGUCGCUGAGAAGGCUGUGGAGGCAGCACGGAUGGCCAAACUGAUAGCCCAGGACUUACAGCCCAUGCUAGAGGCCCCAGGCCGCAGACCCAGGCAGGAUUCAGAAGGUUCCGACACAGAGCCCUUGGAUGAGGACAGCCCUGGGGUUUACGAGAAUGGACUGACCCCCUCAGAGGGCUCUCCUGAGCUACCCAGCAGCCCUGCCUCCUCCCGCCAACCUUGGCGACCCCCUGCCUGCCGCAGUCCACUGCCUCCUGGAGGAGACUGGGGUCCCUUCUCCAGCCCCAAAUCUUGGCCUGAGGAGUGGGGGGGGCCAGGCGAACAGGUAGAAGAACUAGCUGGCUAUGAGGCUGAGGACGAGGCUGGAAUGCAGAGGCUAGGGCCCAGAGAUGGAUCCCCACUCCUGGGAGGCUGCAGCGACAGUUCAGUAAGCCUUCGAGAGGAGGAAGGGGAAGAUGAAGAGCCCUUGCCCAAGUUGAGGGGCCCAGGGGGCUUGGAGUCUGAGCCUGUCACCACACCGGUCCUGAGGGACCCAUCCUCAAGGGGUCCUGAUGCUGGGUGCCUGACCGAAGAGUUGGAGGAGCCUGCUGCAACUGAGAGGCCUGCCCAGCCGGGAGCUGCCAAUCCCCUGGUGGUGGGAGCCGUGGCCCUCCUGGACCUCAGCCUGGCAUUCCUGUUCUCCCAGCUCCUCACCUGAGGCGACUUCUUGGCCUCUUUCUGGCUUGGUCACCUGCCUCUCUACCCCCUUUGACCUGCCUUUUUCUCUUUUCCUCCUCCUGGUUGUGUUUUCUCCUAUCUUUCCUUCUCUCCAUCUUUUCUUUUCUGAGCUCCUUUAUUUUUGUCUUACUUUUUCCCUUUCUUCUUUUGGAGUAUCUCAUUUAUUCUGGAUCUGUCUUCCUUGCUCCCUUCUCCACCCCAUCCCCUUCUUUCUCUAGAUUGUUUACAUAUGAAGGGCUUUUCUCUCUCAGAGUUGCUUUCUUCUCUGAGGCAUACAAAUCUAAGUCAGACCAUUGCCCCCAUGCCCUCCCCAACUUUUCUUUAAACCUAAACUUUGAUGAGGGUGGGGGGUUGGUAUCCUGAGGAGUCUCCUGAGUGGAGGAAGAAAAUAGAGAAGGAUUAACUGAAUGCAGGACUAGGUACUAGCUGAGCCCCUGUAGUUUCCUGGCCCAAAUGAAAAGCUGGAGGAGCCAUCUUUACCCUUACCUUGGAGGAUUUUAUCUCACCUCCCAGGACCCAGUUAGGUUCUUGCCUAAAUUGAACCUUUUCUGGGGAGUAAAGGGAAGUGUACAAUGGAAUAAACUCCCUAGACUUUCCCUUUCUUUCCUCAGUAGCCAAUCCCUCUUCCGAACCCCAAGGAUGGCCACUGAGGAUGCCAUGGCAUGCCAAGAGCAAUGUGUAAAGGAACAAAAGUAUUCAAUACAGCCAAGCCCACCCCUCUCAGAUUCUACCACUGACCUCUAUGCUUCUGUGGUCUGGACUCACUUGUGGCCUUUGAUUAAAUUCCUAAGGGGCCAGAAGAAGACACAUCUACUGCAGAGGGUUAGAGGCAUUGAGCCAGGGCACCAUUCCCAGCUCUGGUGGCUGUGGUGGGGAAGGCAUUUCUGAAAGAUGGACCCAGGAAUGAUAAGAGAAGCUGGAUGGGCAGCAGCAGCAGCUGUGGCAAGUCUACUAGUCUCCAAAUGGGUUUCCCCCAUCACGUUAAAAUCUGGCGAAAUGGGAAAACAACCUAGAAAGGAUCAAAGGAAGCUGAUGUCUCCAACACUACACUUCCCAGACAGGGCAGAGGUGGGAGUCAAAGAUCAGAAGAGAGGUCUUAUUUGAAGGUGUGUGUACCAGGAUGUGGCUGAUCUCUGGUACUAGCUUUUCCCCUGGGGACAGGAAGCCCUAGGACAAGGGACUGUAGAGUCCCCAGGGGAACAUUUCUCCCUCCCCUGCAUGAGGCAGAGGCCAGCUGCCUGCCAACCCCCUCCCUCACGGAAUGGCCCAGCCCAGGAAUGCCCACCAUACACACCCACUUCUUUUUUUUCUAGUCAAAACUCUGUUAACUCCUUGGCCUGCCUCCCUCCUUCCUCCCCUCUCAACCUUUACUUCUGAUUUCUAUUUCAUGGAAUUUGGGAUUGAAGUUAUACAACAGUGCCGCCAACACCAAGUCUUG